UAACUCUUUUCAACAGAUGAAGAAGUACACUUUCUUCUUCAUUUUCUGGUUUUCCUCUUGAUUCACUUUAGCUCCACAGCAAGUCCGAACACUGGGCAUUCUGUAUCGAUGAUUCUGCGUUUGUAUUUUGAAUGAGUCUACAACGUUAAUCAGGCAUUUAAAGUGUAUACACUGCAAUGAGAACUUUUCAACUGGUUUAAUUAGUUCAAAGGGCCAUUCAAGUUUAGCUCGUCUGAUUCAGCACAUACGUUCUUGGAGUUUCUUCUGCUCAAACCCAGCUCAGUCAAAAACCCAUUUGAAUUCAACAUGUCCAAAAGCGAUUUGACCACGUGGCCCUCCACUUGGCUGAUCUGAUUUAGUUUGUAGUUCGAAGAAUGAAAAUUUUGACUGAUUUGGAUUGAAAUAAUUGGGUCUUGAACUAUGAAUCUGUUAGCAAUUAAUAAGGUUAAAAGGAUUUAUGGAUCAAUGCCAUUUUGAUUUUUUUUUUUGGCUUUAAACCAAAUAGUGAAAACCGGCAUGUUCGUUAUACUUGUAAUUCCGAUAAAACGUGUGAUCGUGGCUAGGUAAUUCACGUUCUUCUACGCUUCCAUAUGUUCUGAAGUAUCUGCUCGUCAUUGAGCCAAAUUGAUAAAGUAAACAGAAAUUGAGAGAGAGAGAGAGCAAAAGAUGGUGAACUUCGUGAAGAUAUACAACAAGCCGUUGCUGCCUUGGCUGAUGAAGCUAGCGGGAGUGAGACCCCGAACCAUUGAGAUCGAGCCAGGAACAGUCUUGAACUUUUGGGUCCCAAAUGAAACCGCUACCAAGAGAGAAAGAUACAAACCUGUUGUGGUGUUCCUCCAUGGCUUCUGUGCAAAUGGUAUUCUAACAUGGCAAUUUCAGGUGCUAGCUUUGGCCAAACAUUAUGCUGUUUAUGUGCCAGAUUUACUCUUCUUUGGCGAUUCAAUAACUGAUAAGACUGAACGGUCAGUUGAGUUUCAAGCUGAGUGCAUGGCUAAGGGAUUGAAGAAACUGGGUGUGGAAAGGUGCACCUUGGUAGGUUUCAGCUACGGAGGCUUUGUAGGUUUCAAGAUGGCUGAGAUGCAUCCUGAUUUAAUCGAAGCCAUGGUUUUGAUUGGCUCGGUUAUAGCCAUGACUGAUUCUAUAAGCAAUGCUGGGCUUCAAAGGAUUGGAUUCUCUAGCUGGCCCGAUUACUUGCUUCCCGACUCUGCUAAGGGUUUGCGAAUGCUCUUUCAACUUGCUACUUACAAGCUUCCACGGAUUCCUCAUCGCAUCUACAAAGACUUCUUGGAGGUCAUGUUUAACAACAGAAAGGAAAAAAUUGAACUACUAGAGGCUUUGGUCAUUGGCGACAAAGAAUUCAUCAUUCCAAGUUAUCAACAGAGGAUACAUAUUUUGUGGGGAAAGGAUGACAAGCUUAUUGACCUGGAUGCAGCCCGCAACAUGAAAAAGCAAAUAGGAGAGAAUGCAACGCUGCAUUGUAUGGAGAAAUCAGGUCACCUUGCUCACAUGGAGCGACCAUUCAUGUGUAACAGGUUCCUCAAGAAAAUUCUUGCUUCUUUGUUACUAGAAGAUAAUGCUGCUGAUCAUGAUGAAUGCAUGGGAGUUAACGACAAGUGACAUUUCCUUUGCUUUUGUUAUGUUUAAUUUCGAAACCUAUUCCUCCCUAUUGAUUUGGCAAAGACCUGUUGACAAAUAAGCUUUGCUUGCAAAAUUAGGAGAAUGUUCCAACUUCAGCACAUUUAUGUUGAGCAUAUGCCUGGGCUUUUAAGGGCUGAAAGCCCAGUUCUGUAUUAAUUUAACCCAUUUAGAUAAUCCGCCAAGGCGGCCUAGCUCGAUUAUAAAUUCCUUCCUCAUAAGAGGAAAUCCAGAUUGUUGUCAUAUUAUUUGAAUCUAUUAUAUAAACAGUCAUUGCUCUUCAA